UUGGUUUGUCACUGGCUGUCAUUCUGUCAGAAAUGCUAUUAAGUUUCACGGGUUGUCAAAGAGAAUAAAAACUUGAUAAAAACAAACGAAUCGGGGCGGUGGCGUUGCACCGCAAACCCAAACAAUAAUUGCUAAGACGAAGAAAGCGUAAUGUCCGUAAUCUAAUUACCGUAGUGAGGUAAUACCGCCGAUCAAGCGACUACAAAGUCAUCACCGGGCAGGAAUACCGCGGCACUUUUCCGAGAUGAGACCUCAAGGCGACUACAGGAAUGGCGAUGGACGAGAGGAAGACAGCGAAGGCGAAGAAAGCAGUGCACUUGAAGACGAAUUAUCCUUGUAUGACCCCGAUGCCCCAGCACGAGCUUUAAGCGCUUUAAACGCUUUACGCAAGUCCCGACAGCAUUAUGACGCGGUUCUCGUCGCCGGAGGAACUGAGGUUGCCGCCCACAGAGCAGUCCUCGCCGCUGCCUCGCCAUACCUACUCGAAGCGUUAUCACCAGCCCCCGUGACCACAUCACCAGCACCGGCUUCCGCUCCUGUGUACCGGGUGGAAGACGUGGACGCGGACGCCUUGAGGGAACUUGUGGAAUACGCUUACACCGGUCGAGUUCGGGUCAAAGAUACGCUCUCGGCCCGGAGAUUGUAUCGUGCCGCCUGGAGGCUGCGUGUCGAGUCGGUCAGGGCUCACCUGGCGGACCGUUUGCUGAAGCGAUUGGCUCCGGCAGAUUGUCUGGAGGUUCGGUCUCUUCCCGAUCUUUCGCCCCAUCAUUUGGCACAGCUGGACGCUUAUAUUGCGCAGCAUUUCGAAGCGGUAUGCGAGACAGGAGCGAUGGCAGCCCUGCCUGUCGUCCGCAUCGAACUGUUGAGGGAGGGGCCGAUACAGGGAGUGACCACCGCUGGGGGCGAAGACGCCCCUCAUGCUAUAGCCGACGCAGCGCUGACGUGGUUGCGAAGUCACGCACCGGAAUAUGAUCUGGAGGAGCUGUGCUCGAGGACCCACCUGCUGUACGUGGCGGAGCGCGGGUCGCUGCGGGACUGCGGCGAGCUGCCCGCCACCCGCGGCGACGCGCCCGAGCUGCAGGAGUACCGCCGCGAGGCCGCCCAGCGCGCCAAGCGCAGCCGCGACGCCGGGCCCGCCUCCGCCGCGCGGCCCCUGCCCGGCCUCGAGCUGGGCGCGCGCUGUGCCCGCCCCGCCUGCGCCGUGCUCGCCGCCAGGGCCGCUUCCGGGGGCUCGACGCGGGCGUUACUCGCCGUGCGGGGUAGGCUGGCGGCAGCACGCGUGUCGUGGCGGGACGUGGCCGCGGGCGGCGCCACCGGCACUCGAGGCGCGUUGGCCUCUGACACAGAACCGGAUUCAGCAGAGAGGCGCGCCCACUUAGCGACCGGCCGCUGCGCUCACGGCAUCGCGGUGCUAGACGGGCGUCUCGUGGUGUGCGGCGGCUACGACCGCGCGCGCGUGCUGCGGACCGCGGAACAGUACGACCCUUCCACCAACACGUGGUCAGCUCUGCCGGACAUGCGGUGUGCUAGAGCUCGGUUCCCGGCUGCGGUCCUCAACCACACGGUGUACGCGGUGGGGGGCAGCGAUGGACACACAGAACUGGACUCGGUCGGGGCUCUGCAGAACGGCUCGUGGCAGGCGAAGGCGAAGCUGCCCCUCGCGCUGUCGUACGCCGGAGCGGCGGUCGACCCUGGGGGAGAGAAUCUGUACAUCAUCGGCGGCUGGGCCGGAGGGGUCAACCUGAAAAGAGUAUUGAAGUAUUCGGCUGCUGAAGACAAAUGGACAGAGGCCCCUCCCCUCAACGCGGGUCGAUCGCAAUGCUCUGGAGUGUGGUGGGAGGGAUCUUUGUGGGCACUGGGAGGCUGUGACGCAUGGCACUGCUUGUCGUCCACUGAGACUCUGACCAUAAAUGGGGGCCAGUCGUGGAGCCCCGGUCCCCCCCUGCCGACAGCCCGGCGCUCCGUUGGGGGCUGCGUGUGGGGGUCGAGGCUCAUCUCGGCGGGGGGCUCGGACGGGGCCGCCUCGCUGCGGAGGACCGACUGGCUGGAGACACGCGACGGUACUUGGAAAGCUGGGCCUAAUAUGAGGAAAGCCCGCGCUGGCGUGGGGCUGGCCGUGGUGGGAGGCGUGGUGUACGCGGUGGGAGGGUUCGACGGCAAGGAGUUCCUCUCGUGCGUGGAGUGCCUGUACUCGCCCGACGGGGAGUGGACCUCGCUGUGUGUGCCGCCCGCCAACAUCAGGAGCAUCGCUAACCAUUCGGAGAAGAAAGAGAACGGCGUGCACUCGGAUUGAUACAACGUAAAUAAACUAUUAAUUAAAACGAACCUAAUUAUUAUGUUAUGACGUAUGAUUUUAGUUAUGCACUUACUCUUAGCAAAUCUGGGUUAAUCUUUUAUGUUUGCUGAGCAAAGUUUGAGGUCGUUUGAGGCACAACGCUGCAGAGUUUGCAUACGAGCCGAUCUAUUAGCUGGUCCUAUAUCUUAUUUACGAAUUAUUUAUGUUCGCUAAAGUAAUUAGAAAUUAUUAAUUAUAUAGUUCGACUCGUCUUCCGUCUCUUUCCCACGCGUGAGGACAAACGUGAGAGUGAGCGAGAUCGAUGUCAAAAUCAAAAAUCCCUAUAAACAAUCCAGAUUGCAUUACUUUUAAAGGAAUGAUGCGAAAUUUGCCAGACCUCACACAUUUUGGGUCAAUGGGAAUAUUUGGAAGUCGCGUCUCAAAGUCUGUGACCCAAGAUCUGUGAACGGGUAUGGAUCGAUGAAAACCUUUAAAUAAUAAUUGCGUAAUUAAUAUCGGCGUUUUAAAUUUAUAUAGAGGUGAUAUUUGUGAAAAGAAUAACGCAUAAGUCGUUUGGGUUAGUCGGUCCAUAGACAAGUACCUGCGUCGACGUGUAAUCUGUGUCUAUGGUUUUGAAAGUAUAAACGUAAUAUUACCUCGGUCCGCGUUUAAAUAAGUUCCGCACCUCGUCCGCCUUGACUUAAAGUUGAAAAUCGUAUAACAUACUUUACGGUACGCCUGAAGUAGGGUUAUGAACUUCAUAUUACCUCGGUCUCUUGCAAGGCGCCGUCCGGACUUAAAUGAGUUUCGCACCUCUUCCGCCUUGACUUAAAGUUGAAAAUCGUAUAACAUACUUUACGGUACGCCUGAAGUGGGGUUAUGAACUUAAUAUUACCUCGGUCUCUUGCAAGGCGCCGUCCGGACUUAAAUGAGUUUCGCACCUCUUCCGCCUUGACUUAAAGUUGAAAAUCGUAUAACAUACUUUACGGUACGCCUGAAGUGGGGUUAUGAACGUAAUAUUACCUCGGUCUUUUGCAAGGCGCCGUCCGGUCUUAAAUGAGUUUCGCACCUCGUCCGCCUCGACUUAAAGUUGAAAAUCGUAUAACAUACUUCACGGUACGCCUGAAGUGGGGUUCUGAUCAACACGGCGCUUUCAAGAGACUGGUUUGAAUAUUAGCCGUGGAUGUUUCAAAGACAGUAUGCUGUUAGAUCUGGCUCAUACAGUUGCUUAUAAACAUUUUUUGCAAUUAUAUACCUUAUUAACGUGCACAUAAGCCGUCUUAUAUACUGCCCCAAAGUAUGCGUUCCAGUUCGAAGAUUGGGACAGAAGUUAUAGAAUAAAAAAUUAUAUUUACGUUGUACUUGUAUGGAUCCCGCAAGACCAGUGAACUGGGGCACGUGUUCGCGUAGAGAUUCUAUAGUGACGUGGGUUUAGUUAAAUUUGCUAUCGAGUCAGCGCUCUGAUAUAGCGGUUGGCACUGACUUCGCUUCGCCUGCGCGGGCUGACGGUCUCUUUAACUAUUAGAAGCGUUUAAAAAAAUCGAUUUAUAGAACAUUAACUACCUCAAAAAAAAAACACGAUACGCGUCUUAAUUCAAACAAGGGUUUAAUUUUAAUUGUCUGCAUUAAAAGUACCAUAAAGUUAUUUGUAUUUGAUAUUUAUUGAGAAGGUCGCAUAAGGCGAAUCCUUUGGAAACAUACAAAGCUUAAUUUGGCAUAUGGAGGGUAGAGGUAAGAAGAACCGUCUCAUAUGGGAGAAGCUUGAAAAAGUGUCCCACUUUCAGCACUAAAUAACAGUUCAAAAAUCCUCCAGAAUGGCGCUAGCAUAGGCACAGGGUAUGAUAUGAAUUGGGCAGUUGUUAACUGAUUGAAGUAUGCUGAGUUAGGAAAUCUAAUAUAUUUAAUGACUAGAGUAGUUAGUGACAGUGUAAUAUACAAGACCUCACAUGUUUACGUAGUCCAAACUAAUUUCGUCAAUAUAACCUAAAAUUAUUGCUGUGGUAAAACGUGGCGACAUCGAUUACAUUUUCCUAUCAGCUUUAAAUGAAAUACUUUUAGUGAUUUUGUUGUGCUUACAGUUCUUUCGUCCUUUUUUAUUUCUCGUAUCUUAUUCUACUAACUUUCAGCGCCUUUUUUAAAUUUUACCCGGUUGCUACUGUAGCGUCACCCUUAUUUAGCAUAUUUUAAUGGCACCAAUUCACACACAGAGAUAGUUCUCCUUACCUCUACCCUCCAUAAUUUGGCAUGUACCCACUCACCCAGUGUUGAGUUAUCUUGACGUCUUAUGUCAACUGUCAACUGAACACUAGAGCUAAUGACACAUGUCUUAUUUUCACGUUCCAUAGAUUAAGAUAAGUUUUAAGCGCGUAUCGUAUUAUGCCUUUAAUUCGCAUUUGUAAAAUGUAUUUGUAUGUAAUAUUAUUAUAUAUUUAGAAUGAUAUAGUAUAAAAGAAAAAUUGUGUUUAAGAAAAGAAAAAAAAUACAAGCAAAAAUGAACACUGUUUUUCAAAUGCAUAACAAAGGAAUUUCUAUAACGGUAUACAAAUUCGAACUGACGUAACUCGUAGUCAGUUGACAUUAUGUUGUUUGCAAUAUAUUAACAUUGUUACUGGCACUUGGGACUUACGUAUGCUUUUCAACAUCCAUAAGCCAAUAUCUUUUUUUAAGCAGUAAACAGAGUAUCACACAAACUCAUGUUAAUCCAGCGAAAGACAUGUACAAAAUAUAUUUUUUAACAUUUAAAAUUUUAUCAACAAAACAUUAAAGGGUUUGAUUUUUUAGACUUUGAAUUGUAUCGAUUGAUUUUUCUAUGAAGUCGAUAAUGAACUGUGCUUUGCUCUAUGGAUAAGCUUCGGUUAAUCUAUAAUGUUUAAUAGAAAUUCAUUGAGCAAUAUAUAAAUAUAAAUAUGGUAAUUUCAAAGCUUAAAAGAAAUUGCCUCACUCUCUGUUUACUGGCUAAUUAAUUGGGAUAUGUUUUCAAGUAUUGAAGUAUUGAAGUUGAAAUAGUAUGUCCUUAUCAUGGCAACACACAAUUAUCAGUGUUAGUGUUGUAAACUAAAAGAAAUAGUGAGAAUAAUUAUUAAAUAUAAUGCAAUGAACCAUGAUUCAAAAGCAAUACUUGAUACUAAAAAUUGUUUGUGAUAGGAAACAUAUAUAUUUAUUAUUAAUAAAUCUGAUUAUAGUAUACUGUAAUGGGAAGAUAUAAUUAAUCAUUUUUUAACUUUGUCUAGUAACGAAAUAUUUACUCUCAAAAUGACUUGAAGUAAAUUGUUUGUUACAAUCGGAACAGCUGAUGUAACAUUAUAGUUAAAUCUCGACUGUAGGCGAAGAAUUAAGAUUCUGAAAAGAAAUGCGUUUAAAACUGCGUUUUUAAUUCACGGUUAAGAAUGGCGACAAGAAUCAUUCUUUUCGAUAAUCCUAUCUAUCAAUAAUGAUAAAUAUUUCAAUCGUUUUUGAGGGUAGAUUGAUCGGAAUUGUUGAAAUAUUUCUAGAGUACCCAUGAAAUUUUAUGAUCCCAAGCAACGUUUUAUAUUAUGUAUUAGUAUAUAUAUUAUAUACCUGAAGCGAAUAUUUGCCUCGACAUUAUUGUUUGUCUUAAUAUAAACGGAAGUGCAACAAUUUCUUUCAAAUGCUUAGAGGAAGUCUAGAAGUUAACGAUCUAAGGUUAUUGAUUGGCGAGCUGGGGGGUUUUUUUUAUCAACAAAAAACAUCUAAUCUAAUUAAAUUAUAUCUAAAUUGUGUCUAACAAAAAAUCACGGGACGCCUCUUCUUUGUCUAUGGUUAUGUACCUGAAAUUAUAACUAUACUUUUAAGAAAAAUAAAGGCUUCUUCUUAUGUCUAAAUUGACGUCUGAUGAUGUCUUUUUGUAAGCAUUUGAAUUGUUAACACUGCCUAUAAUGAUACGAUGUCGGUUUGUGAUAAUUUAAUUGAAGUUUCUAAUUGAAACCGCGAGACAUUAGUCAUGUUUCUGUGGGAUGCAGACUUACUCCAAAGCUCACAACGAGAGGCAGCUCGUGGUUAAUGUGCUGGUUGACGUCAGAAUCAGCAGGAGGCAUUACGUCUAAGACCCCUUGGAAAUUUCCUAAAAAUACGCACUGACGUAUGGCUAAUGUCUCCUGUCACAUUUGACAGACGUGACAUCUGCUAAUUUUGUAAAAAGGCCAAGACGGUUAUAUACGCAAUUAUAUAUUUUGUCUUGUCGUUACCAUCGAUACAGCCAUGUUCAUCGCGAAGUUAUUUUUAUACUCGCGGGAAGGAAACUUGAGGAAUUUUAUACGUGUAAUCUAAUGUGUACCGUUUGUAACAGAGAUUGAUGAUGUAUAAAAUUUAUUAUCGAAAUAAAAUAAAAAAAAUCUCUAGAAGAAAUUGAGUCAAUAAUUGAGUAUAGUACACAUGAGUCGACUAUUAUCAAAGCCGGCAAUGUGACUUUUGGACAAUUAUUGGUAAAUCAGAAAAACGAAUUAUUGACUUUGUAUUCCAUUGGCAGUCACAAAACUCUCCUGAACGACAUCUUAGAUAAAUAACAGGUUAAGUAUUAACCUUUAUUUAAUGCAGGUUUUGAACCGUAUUCUUUGAAGGAGACGAUUAUAUUAAAAUCAAUCUGUAUUGACAUAUCAAUAACAUUUUUUUGUCCAAAUGCACAGAUUGCCGCCACCUUUGAUAAUAGACGACUCACAUUAUGUUACAAAAGUGAAUUUAUGAAUGAAUUUUUUUUUUUUAAAUAAUUUAAUUUAAUAUUUUAAAAUGCCUUUAGUUUUAGUUUAGUUUGUAUUUUUUAUUGUGGCUAAUAGUUAUUUUUUUUAAGUCUUAACAUGAAAGCGACACGUGGACACAACACGAAGUUCCGGGGUUGAGAGAUUUGAAAUGUUUUUGGGUAGACAGGGAUCUUGAAACUGGCGAGAGUGGUCUGGGCGGCUGUGUGUUGCCGUAGUAGUAGUUAUUGAUGGUACGCGUGAGACCGUUCGGGCAGGCUUCUCGCCCGGUGAAUCUAGUAUGACCCCUCGAGGUCAAUAGAAAAGGUAGGAAAUAAAAGGGCAUGCUCAUGUGAGUCAUGCGUUCCAGUUUGUAAGGUCCACUCUCAUAAUACAAUUGAGGCUUUUUACUGUAGGACCUCUUGUGAAUCCGCUAAAAGUUUAAUUGUUUUUUUAUUUAUUCGUUUUUUUUUAGUCAUAACUGUCUAAUCUCAUGUGCAUUACGAGCAGUAAGCAACACGCCCCGCCCACUAGUACCACCAUACAACUGUCAGUUUGAAGUAUGUACCUCUAACUUCGAUGUCAAGUUUGACGGAUGUUGUUGUCAAUGUUGUUUUCACGCGAUCUCUUGUGUAAUGACGUGUUCGGAGAUUAUAUUCGGUUUGGGAACAUAUAAUCUGCCGUGAAGCAAUAACGCGUUUCGGUUUGAAAGGCAGUCGUUGUAACCAUACUGAGAGACCUUAGAACUUAUAUCUCAAGGUGGGUGGCGCUUUACGUUGUAAAUAUCUAUGGGCUCCAGUAACCACUUAACACCAGGUGGGCUGUGAGCUCGUCCACCCAUUUAAGCAAUAAAUAAAAAAAUGCAGCCACCCUGGCAAGUUGUGCCGCCUUCUGUGACCGAAUGUGACCUUCGAACGUCAUUCUUUCCUUCCAUUGUACUAUGUUUUCAAUAAAAGACAUUAUUUUUUAUGUAUUGAUUGUGUUACUGAGACGCGCAUGUGCUUACAUUUUAGAUGUGCAAUAAAAGGAAUUGCAACACACGUGUUAGUAAUUUUCGCGUGAGUCUAAUAAGAUGAUAUCGAGAGGUGAAAGAAGGCUAUUUGGUAUAAGUGACCUUUGGCUUUGUAAUUAAAGAUCCGUUUUAUUUGGUAUUAAUUAGCAUCGACAAAUAGCUGAAGAAGAUUUUUUGUCAUGAUAUUUUUUCCAAAUUUAUACUUUAAAUGGCUGUCUGACGAAGUUUCAAAAAUGUCGCUUAAACCAAAUAGCUUAUCACCCUUCGAUAUACCGGGUGUAUAGGAGACCGCUUCCGAAAAUGCAAGACAGAUGAUGGUACUAUGACGACACCUUUGAUGGAGGAGUUAUUUAGACAAAUGUUGUAUAUAAGUAUGUGUGCGAUCGCGCGAGUCUGCGCCGCGUCGUGCCCGGGAGUUCGUUGACCCGAGCAUCAGCUGUUUCAUUGCUGUUUUUUUUAUUAGUAAUGUAUUUUUAAUACGCUUUCAUUCAUUAGCAUCAGACUUAUGUAUGUUAGUUUGAACGUGAUUUUGGUCCCCUUCAAAACGUAGGAUUAACUCGAAAUUUGGUAUACUUAAGGAACGAUGAUAAUUAAAUUUUAAAAAAAUAUUGAAGAAAUUGAAAUUAAACUAAAAAAUGAAAAAUAAAUAAUAGUUUAAAAAAAACUAACAAAAUACGCUUUAAAAAAAAGCGUGGGGUGCAUGGUAUCAGUAGUUAUAAAUAUUUUAUGAACAGAUAUGAGUAGAAGGGUUAUUUUGUUAAUAUACUGAAAAGCACCCCGCGCUUUUUUUACAAGAACAUCAUUUUUUCUUACACUAUUUCUUAUUGAAAUAUAUAAAAAUUUAUUUUCUAUUUUUAAGGUUAAUUUUCUAUAAAAGCGUAUUUUGUUAGUUUUUUUAUUUAUGAAACUCGUUUCAUUUAGAUUUACUGACAUGAUGGAGCGUAAAGAAUGCUAAUAAAACGUUUUAAAAAAUAUGUUUUUUUAAAAGUCAGGAUCGAUUUUUUUCCUUCCUAUCAUCAAAGGUCAGCAGUACUAUCGUCAGUCGUAGUUUUCGGAAGCGAUCUCCUAACACCCGGUAUAGACAAUUGGUAGCCGCAGAAGUGUAAGUACAGGCGCGCACGAUUUUAGUAUUGCUGUUAAUUAAAAUAGUAUUCAAGUAUGUUGUGUUAAGGUACUUUUUUGGUUCGUUGAGAAUGUGGUUCAGUAUCGUCUGUGUCGCGUUCGUCUUACGCCUCGCGAGUAUUAUUAUUGUUUACGUUGUAAUUAUAUCGCAUUUUCGCCCCCA